UCGACACAAGACCCGAGUCCUAGAUUCUUACAUAGCGCAUACACAUAUUGUAAUACAAUGGAAGUAGUGUAAUGAAGUGUGCGGCAGUGCCUAUACAGUACAAUAGACAAGACCUUGUCAAAAGGAAAUGGUAUCGGAAGAAGUAGGAAAUAUGGUACAACGACAGAACGCAGGAGGGCAGUCGAGAACUAGAUGAGAAGACGGAGAAAUCCAAUGAAGUACAAGAACAGCCUGAUUUCUAUCCUAAUGUUGAUCGUCCGCAUACUCAACAAAUGCACAACCAAUCCAAAGCAAAAAACGAAUCCAGCAUCCGGCCUCAACUACGGUGAUAUUGCGUCGCGGCGUCGUUCCAGUCACCGAUGUGGUAGUGGCAGCUGCGGGAAGUGCUUCGGAUGUCAAAGCAAUAGUAGGUUGUCUCUGCGAUGAGGAUGGUAUAUUCUGGGUUACUGUGCUAGGUUGCUGCAUGGUAUGAGGAUUGAGAGGUUGGGACGAGUUGGCAGAUGGCUUCUUCUUUCUUGCGUGAUAGUUCCUAGGCUUGCCACUUGCAGAUGGAACCUCGACUACAGGUGUCUCUCGCAACUCAAUAUCCACUCCAUUUCGUUUGCC